AUGUUUAAAAUAUUUCUAUAUGAUAUGCAAAACAAAUUUGAUGAAAAGCAGCAAACAAAUGAAGAAGAUUACUUUGAUAUUAACAAUCCCAAUAUCAUCAAGCAUAAAGGACAUCCAUCAAAAAAACUGCAAUCAGAUGUUGAACAAUCCUUCUUUAAAGGUAAAUAUGCAUUAAUAAAUAGCAUAAAAAUUGAUGAAAAUGUAAAGAGUAGUAAAGGACGUUGUUGGUCAUUAAAAGCAUUAAAAUAUGGUUAUAAAAGAGAAGAAUUUACUACUAUUUUAGCAGUAGUAAAUAUCAAAAACUAA